UUUUAAAGAACCAAAUAUUUAAAAGAAAAUUUACAAAAGUUUUAAUUAUAAUAGCAAAUUUAUAAAGAUAAAUUUUUGAUGAGGGUGUGGCAACCUAGCAAUUUUUAUUUAAGGUGCAUGAUGAAACAUAUGUUUAUUUCAUGAAAAAAACUAUAAAAUACAAUCGAAUUAUUUUUUAAACCACAUUAUAAUGUCUGAUAAAAAAGGUGCUGUGGGCCCUGAUGGCUUAACCAAAAAAGAACGAAGAGCUUUAAAAGUACAGGCAAAACAAGGUGAAGGAAAUCCAGCACCAGUAGAGAAUAAAACCCAGGACAAUAAGAAAGCUGUUGCAUCAGAAAAAGAUGUUAAAAAAAUUGCUGAUACACCUGUAUUGGCUGAAUUAUCAGAAAAGGAAAAACGUAAAUUGGAAUGGCAAAAGAAAUUAGCUGAGCAAAAUGUAAGUAAUAAAGAGAAAGAGGCUUUGAGUAAGGCUGAACUGAAGCAUAAACGAAGAGAACAGCAGGAAGCACAACGAUUAGCAAAAGCUAAAGAGGAUGAGUCAAAGAAAGUUCCUGUCAAGGUGGAAGUUACAGUGGAGAAAGAAAAAUCGCCUCUCAAGAAAGUUGGAUCUCCAGUUAAGAAACCGGAUAUUAAGAAGAAUGUUAAAAGUAUGCAAAAAGUACAAUUAGUACAACAUUUGUACUGUGAGGAUCAACUAAAGUCUGAAUUUGGCGAAUUAAUUGUUAACUAUAAAAAUGUCCAUCCAGCUUUUAUUAGAUUAGGUGUCCAGUAUUCGACAAAAACAAUACUAGGAUCAAAUGCUAGAUGCUUGGCACUACUCUCAGCCCUUAAACAUCUCGUAGAAGACCUCCACACCCCUCCAAAACAAGAAUACUGCAGAUAUCUGGAAAGCGUUUUGCAAACUUGCACAGCAUACCUGCAAAAUUGUAGACCUCUAGCUGUUUCUAUGGUCAACGCUUUAAGGCAUUUUAAGUUGCAACUCACCCAUAUUAAUAAUAAACUUUCUGAUAAUGAGAAAAAGGCCAUGUUAAUAGAAGUGAUUGAAAUUUAUAUAAAUGAUGAUAUUAAGAAAGCUGGAGACGCGAUCAGUUUGAGGGUGAAUGAAAAAAUUAAUAAAAGUGGGGAUGUUAUUCUUACAUAUGGAUGCUCAUCUCUGAUAAGAAAAAUCCUUCUGGAGGCCCAUUCCGAGGGCAAAGAUUUCGAAGUGAUCGUAGCGGACGGGCGCCCCCUGCUGGAGGGUCGCGAACUGCUGCGACGCUUGGUGCAAGCCGGCAUCAGGUGCUCCUACGUCCUGAUCAACUCGCUCAGCUGCGUCAUGGGCAACGUAACGAAGGUGCUGCUCGGCGCGCACGCGCUGCUCACCAACGGUUACGUGAUGUCGCGCAUAGGCACCGCACAGGUGGCGCUGGUGGCGAACGCCUUCAACAAGCCGGUGCUGGUUUGCUGCGAGACCUACAAGUUUUCCGAGAAAGUGCAAACCGACUCCUUUGUACACAACGAAAUAGGUGACGAAAAUGCUCUUUCAAAAAUCGACACAGCUCAGGAUCAGAGUCCUUUGAUAGCUUUCAAAGAAAACAGUAAACUCAUGCCAUUGACUUUGUUAUAUGAUGUAACGCCUCCAGAUAUGGUUACUGCAGUUGUUACAGAAUUGGCCAUUUUACCAUGCACAAGUGUACCAGUUGUACUCAGAAUUAACGCAAAUGAAGUAAAUUGAAAUCUGUAUAUAAAAAAUUAUAAAUAAAUGCCUUUUACAUGA